AUGGAUGCUCCAAGGAACGUACCGGACCAAAAUAGUGAAGGAGAUCAUCGGCCGAGUGGACUGCCAAUUCAGGUUGAUAAAGGCUACCCAAAGGACGCUUCUGAUCCCAAACCACGACAGCUGGAAACCAACCAGAAAGAAACCCUGACGAUCGAGCACUUUCAACCCAUCUUGGCGACACUAGCAAAUCUCGAUCGCGACGAUCCGAAACUAGCAUUUCAAGCGGCU